UUUGACAUACUGAAAAUGUUUCGUCACUCGUGUCAGGAUUGUUUCUAACAGGAUGGAUGACCGACAGCACCUGUGUUCAGAAUAGAGGACGGUUUGUAGCUUGAAGGGUUCCCUUAUGGUGCCUGAACUUUCAUAUUCAUGGAAAACAUCACGUACAACAGCUUGACUCUCCAACUGGAGGGCUUAAGCAUCUCUAAUGAUUCACCACAACUCAUGUUUGUCUUUCUCUUAUUCUCGUAUGUUUUUAUUAUAGUUGCAAAUGUGGGAAUUGCUUUUAUGAUUAUCUUUGAUAAUAGCCUCCAUCAGCCUAUGUACCUGCUAUUCUGUAACCUGCCAUUUAAUGAUGUUCUAGGUAACUCCAUCAUGGUGCCGCGUGUUCUUGCAGAUAUUUUACGACCUCCCUCUGAGCGUCUCAUCAGUUACUAUGAAUGCGUGGCUCAGGCUUUUACUACACACAUUUUUGGCACCGCUUCCCACACGGUGCUCAUGAUCAUGGCCUUUGACCGAUACGUGGCCAUCUGUAAUCCUCUGCGUUACUCUGCAAUAAUGAGCAACAGAAUGGUGCUGAAGCUGACCGUCUCUGCCUGGGGGGUGGCCUUUGUUCUGGUCGGGAUUCUGCUGGGUCUGACCGUACGGCUGAACCGAUGCAGGACUCUGAUCUCUAACCCGUACUGUGACAACGCCUCACUGUUCAAGCUGUCCUGUGAGAGCGUGGUCAUCAAUAACAUCUACGGCCUGACCUUCACCGUGGUUCUGUUCACAUCGUCUAUAGGCAGCAUCGUCCUCACCUACACCAGGAUCACUGUUGUCUGUCUGACCAGCAGGAACAAGUCUCUGAACAGCAAAGCCCUGAAGACCUGCAGCACCCACCUGGUGGUGUUUCUCAUUAUGGUGUUCAACGGGAUGUCUAUCAUCACUCUGCACCGCUUCCCUCAGUACUCAGACUUCAGAAAACUCUGCACCAUCUUCUUCCACAUUAUCCCUGGCAGCCUGAACCCCAUCAUUUAUGGUGUUCAGUCCACAGAAAUCAAGAAGCUCUUGUCCAAACUGAAGAGGAUGCUACCACAUCCAUGAAGCAGUUUUAACGCAAUGCGGAUUUGUUAAACUCUCAACAGAGUUCAUGUUCCUAAGGUCACUUAUGAUAUUUACACAUUUACAUAGUAAAAACUGAAAAAAAAAAUAUUUUCACACAGUGGAGAAAUUCAGGUGAACCAGCAAGUUAGGGGGGAAAAUCAGGGAUGUAACCACUUAUUGGGUUUGUCGUAAGCAGUGAUGGUUAUGUGAUCAUAAAGUCUACAUCUGAAUAAUAGUGAAAAAUAUGAGACUCUGUAAGAUUAUUAUCAUUAACAUUUAGGCUUUAAUAAUGAAAUACUGAUGUGGUUUGGUUUUAAUCAGGGGCAGUUCUAGGAAAAAACUUCCAGGGGGUCAAGGUGGAGCCACUGUUUUUUCACGGGGGCACAGAAAGAAGAAUGAAAAAAAUGACAAUUUUGUUUAUUUAGAGCACCAAUGAAACAAAAAUUAUUUCUAUUCAAAAUAUUUCACAUACUGCACAUGAGAACAAUAAACCAUCAGUAACAGUUUUUGUACACUAACAUUUCUUUCACUUGGAUGUAAUAAGAUUUUAUUAUCUGUGUAGGUAUAUGUUUAUGUUGUUGUACAUGGAGUGUUAUACUACGAGACCUACAGUCACAUUUUCAUUUCAGCAAUCUCUCAUGCUCUUGCACUGGCAAUACCAA